AUGAACACCGCCUUCAACUCUGCGCUCAAGCAGAGCACCUCGAUCCGCAAAGACUUCUCGGCCCUGUCCCCGUCCUCCUCCUCAGACGCAGCCGCAGGCGGCGGGCCCGCCGCCCUCACCCCGGCCGCGCUGGGCUCCCUCUCGGCCAGCCUGACGUCCUUCUCCCGCACGCUGGAUGAGUACAACCGGCUGGCGAAGCAGGAGCUCAACCCGACCAAGCAGGAAAAGGCGUUUAGCAGGCUCAGCGGCUUCCGCACGGAACUCGCCGAGUACCGGGCGCAGCUGGAGUCGAUCAAGACGUCCCGCGACGACGCGAUACACGACCAGAACAGGGGCGAGCUGCUGGGCCGGCGGCCGUACGUCAGCGCCACACCCGAGAAUCCCUACGCGAACACGGCGUCGUCGUCGUCGUCGUCCGGGGCGACGAGCUACGGAGGCGGCGGCGCGGGGCUGAGCAUGGGCAGCGGCAACCCGACGGCCGAGGAGCACGCGCUGCGCGAGCAGGACUUCUUCUCGAGCACGAACCGCAGCCUCGACGACUACAUCGCGCAGGGGCAGGCCGUGCUGGACAACCUGGGCAUGCAGAAGGACAUGCUCAAGAACACGCAAAAGAGGCUCUACUCGGCGGCCAACACGCUCGGCCUGUCCGGCGAGACGAUCCGCAUGAUCGAGCGGCGGGCCCGGGAGGACAAGUGGAUCUUCUGGGCCGGCGUCAUCGUCUUCUUCCUCUUCUGCUGGCUGUGUCUGCAUUUCCUGAGGUGA